GCCAGCCACACAGCUGCAGAGCAGCAGCCUGGUUUACCAGAAGUGGAAUAAAGAAAAGAAAGCAGCAAAAAAUUAACACAACGAGACAAAUCACCCAAAUGCUCUGUUUUCUGCUUGCUUUUCUUCCUUCCUAGUUCCUCCUCUUCCCCCCUUCCAUCUCCUUUACACAAUAACAUCUUCCUUUCUUCAUAACCAUUAUUCUCAUUCUUUUCUUCCUCCAUUUCCUUUCUCCAAAACCCACCUGAAACUCUCGUCUUUCACCUUAUUGAUUCAGAGUUUCUCUCUCUUUUCUUGCUUUCCCCUGUUUUCGAUGAUCCGCCAUGGCCUCCUCAGCGUCAAUUUGCUGCUGAAAUCCUGCUGCUUGCUAACUUAAAUCUCAGACCCUUUCCCUGCUGAGAAGAAUAUUAUCCUCACUGUUCUCUUCGCCUCCAAUUUCUCCUCUCGAUCUCGAAUUUUCCCACUUCCAGCAAAAUGAAUCACUUGAUCCUACUACUGCUCAUGAUCCCCCUCCCAUGGCUUCUCAAAACCCAAUCCCUCUCUACCCUUCCCAACCCAUCACAACCCAUGAACUGUACGGACACAACCCGCCUCUGCACUUCUUUCCUGGCCUUCAAACCAUCCCAAAAGGCCCAAGCUUUACCACUCGUCCAGAGCAUGUUCGACGUUUUGCCUCGAGACAUAACCGUGGAAGGUGGGUCCAGCGACUACGUGUUCGUGAAGAAGAACUGCUCUUGCUUGUCCGACGACAGAGUCUACGCCACCAGCACGACGUACACGGUGAAAUCCGACGAUGGCUUGGUUCACGACAUUGUGUUGGGCGCCUACGACGGGCUGGCUCUGGUACCCAACACCACAAGGAGCGCUAGGGCUGGAGCUGUGGUGUCGGUGAGGCUGUUUUGCGGGUGUUCCAGUGGGUUGUGGAAUUACUUGAUGAGCUAUGUGAUGGAGGAAGGUGAUUCAAUUGAAUCUUUGUCUAGUAGGUUUGGUGUUAGCAUGGCGAGUAUUGAAGGUGUUAAUGGAAUCAACAGCCCUGAAAAUAUCACGGUUGGUGCUGUCUACUAUGUCCCUCUCAACUCAGUUCCCGGUGAGCCUUAUCCUGUGGAGAGCGUUGUUCCUCCUGCGUCUGCUCCUUCGUCUUCUGCUGUCAACUCGUCUGCUUCAGACAGUCCAGGGAAACAGAAGGGUCAUGUAUCAUAUGCUUGGAUCAUAUUGGGUCUGGGGAUAGCCCUCGUUGCAAUCGUGUUACUGAUAGUGAUUUUUGCCUGCUUCAAGUGUUCGAGCUGCUGUUCUAAAGAUCAAGAGAGCCAUCAUGCCACAGACUCUGGUGCUGGAAAGGUGGUUUCUCACAAGUUUCAAAUUCUAAGGAAGCCGAGUUUCUGCUGUGGUUCAGCUCGAUACACAGGAGGAGGUGGUGCUGCCAACUCGGAAGAGUGGAAGCAAGCUAACGGCGAGUCUAGUAGCCAUCAUCACAUCACCAUACCUAGAGGUUUGGCAACUGAUGUAUUCGACAUGGAGAAGCCGGUGGUGUUCACAUAUGAAGAGAUUCACUUUGCAACAGAUGGAUUCGCCGAUUCGAGUCUCAUUGGACAUGGAACUUAUGGUUCAGUUUAUCAUGGCAACAUUCCAGACCAGGAAGUGGCUAUCAAGAGAAUGACUGCAACAAAAACCAAGGAAUUUUUGGCAGAGAUGAAAGUUCUCUGCAAAGUCCACCAUGCAAACCUGGUAGAACUGAUCGGAUAUGCAGCUACCAAUGAAGAGCUCUUCCUUGUUUAUGAAUAUGCGGAAAAGGGUUCUCUCAGAACCCAUUUGCAUGAUCCUCACAAGGGUCAUACGAUGCUUUCUUGGAUCAUGAGACUCCAGAUCGCACUGGAUGCAGCUAGGGGCCUCGAGUAUAUCCACGAGCAUACAAAAACACACUAUGUUCAUCGUGAUAUCAAGUCCAGCAACAUCCUACUUGAUGGUUCCUUUAGGGCCAAGAUUUCAGAUUUCGGAUUGGCCAAACUCGUUGGAAAAGCAGGCGAAGGUGAAGCCACAGUAACCAAAGUUGUAGGGACCUACGGUUACCUGGCUCCCGAGUACUUGAGUGAUGGUCGUGCCACUGCCAAGAGCGACGUCUAUGCAUUUGGCGUCGUCCUUUUCGAGCUCAUUUCUGGCAAGGAGGCUGUCAUACGAAGCGAUGGUGCUGCAUCAAAAAACCCUGAUCGACGCUCUCUGGCAUCGACGAUGCUUGCAGCGCUACGAAGUUCACCCGAUUCCAUGACCAUGGCGAGCUUGAAGGAUCAUAUUGAUCCGAACAUGAUGGAUUUGUAUCCCCAUGAUUGUUUAUUCAAUGCAGCCAUGCUGGCUAAACAUUGUGUCGAUGAAGAUCCCAUGCUAAGGCCGGACAUGAAGCAGGUAGUGAUCUCCUUAUCGCAGAUUCUCUUGUCAUCCAUUGAAUGGGAAGCCACUCUUGCUGGAAACAGUCAAGUUUUCAGUGGCCUUGUCCAGGGAAGAUAGAGUUAGAUAAAGUCAAAAGGACCUAUUUCUGCAGUCCCACUUUCACUUAAUUUUAUGUGCAUAAUAUGUACCGGUUGAGGCCUCCUUUUGUAGAACAGAGAAAGCAUAAUUGAGUUGGUUACAGAGUUUGAGUUAUGUCUAGGGCUGGAAGAAGAUUCAGCUCACGGUGGACCUAAUUUUUCGUGUUGAUUACAGAGUUCUAUGAGCAAGUUUAGAACUGGACAAUGACUCACUCCGACUCCAUACAGGAGCUAAGCAAAACUACAAAGAUCAAAUCGCGAGCCGAAUGGAUUGUAACUAGAUCCUGUUUUCCAAUCUCCAACAGCAUGUUAAAACUUACAAGUGUCCUAAAGAGAUUAGAGAUCAUAAGAAAAAGAAGCAACUUUAUUUGUUCACUGUAGUCUGUAUAAGCAUCUUCUCCAGACAUUACGGAGAGAGUACACGAUCGCCAUUACUUGACGAGGGAAGCUAGAACUCGUCGAGGCGGGAUGAAAGAUUUCCGGGCAUGAAGAACAGCCCAGUUAUCAAUCAGAAGAACAUCGCCUUUCUUCCAAGGAAUUGCAACACUUUCUUGUUCCAAAAUGUUCAAACAAUCAUGGAUGAUAUCGCCGGGCAAUGGUGUCCCAUCACCGAAGGUUACAGCCUUCUUCGGGUCAUUCCUUUCAUCUUCCCAACCCGUGUACGCAGCCACCAUGCUGUUGAACCAUAUCUUCCGAUUCGCCCUCGACUCGUCCGUCUUCACUGCCGGAAUCGGUCCCAUUAUCGUCUUCACUCCAUCUUCCAACCAUUCCAGCUUCAUUCCUAGCUUCGCUGCCCUUUCCUCUGCGACGGCCUUGUUUUCUGUCAAGAACGUGGAUUUCCAGCCACGGCCGAUUGGGGAAUUAGGGUUGUCUUUCUCGCCCAGCACUCUGUUGUAGAUCAACCCCUGUUUCUCCAAUUGCCGGACGAAUUCCGGGUACUUCUCUCUCAUCUUCUCGUACACCACGUGGCUGAGAACGAUCGGAGUCUCACCGCCCGUUUUAGGCUCCACUUCGCAGAAGAAGAACAGCUUUGACGGGAACUCAGGCACCUGCACACAAAAAAAAAAAAAAAAAAAAGGAGUAAUCAACGGGAAAGAAAAAAAAAAACAGAGGAUUGAAAACAAACAUCCAAUUUUGUUUUUGAACUUCGGGCUGACCUGGGCCAUCUCGUGGUGAAAAGGGAUUUUCUGGUCAGGAGGGGACUCAUUGGCAGUGAAUACGCGGCCGACGACGUUGGUCCGGGGAGCGGCGCCGCCGACGUAAGGGAGCUCCUGGAAGCCGAACGAUUCGACGACGCCGUUAAAAUCGGAAGCAGAGAAGACAGGGAAUCCCCUGAAGAGUAUCGCCCCCGAUUUGAGGAGGAGGGAUUCGAGGAAGGGCUUCUCGGAUUUCACGGCGGAAGUGAGGAGAUCGAGUGAUGAUGAUGGAGGAGAAUUUGGAGUCAGGACGGCGGGGAAAGGAACUGAAUCGUAUAUUUUCUGCUGCGGGAGCUGGAACUCCUUGAAUAGCGUCAUCGCCAUCUGCUGUGUGUGUCGGGUGUUUCUCUCGGAUGGGGGCGGGAAGAAUAGAGGCUUGUGGUGGGCAGUGAGUAGUGAGUAAUUAUAAACCGGCGAUCGAAGCUCUGUGUCUGCAGCGGUGUGAACUGUUAUCCUUCACGGUGGCGGCAAGUCUUGAGAUAGGUGAAUGUGGUGUGAAACAGCGUCCAAGUUCAGUCUCGUGCUAGUCUGGAGUUUCGGACUCUGGACCCAAGGCCCACGGGACUGGGGUUUCCGUUUUAGUAAAAUAUUGCGC